GACGACCACAGACAUGAACGUUGUGCGCGAAAUCAACAAGAUCAACGAGAGGGAGCUGGAUCUGGGGAUCUCUGGUUCAUGGCAUGACGAUUACAAGGACUCUGCGUACAUCUUCGUCGGAGGGCUACACAGAGAUCUUACAGAAGGAGAUGUGAUCACCAUAUUCUCGCAGUAUGGCGAAAUUAUGGACAUUAACCUUCCCCGUGACAAGGAGACCGGCAAGCAGAAAGGUUUCGCGUUCCUAAUGUACGAGGACCAACGCUCCACCAUUCUCGCGGUAGACAAUCUGAACGGGGCCCAGGUCCUAGACAGGACCCUGCGCGUCGAUCAUGUCAAGAAUUAUAAGCAGCCCAAAGCCAAAGGCGAGGACGGCGAAUGGAAAGAGGCUGAGGAGCAGAGCUUAAACGCCAAGCCCCCGAUCGUCAUUGACGGGGAUGAGGGCUCGGAAUCUUCUGACGAUUCUGGUCCUGAGAUCGACCCAGAGGAUCCUAUGGCAGAAUACCUCAUAGCGAAGCGGAAGGAGGAGAAGUUGGCGAAGAAAGGCAAGAAGUCAAAAUCCAAGCGUAAGCACAGGGACGAGACGCCAGAAGAACGUCGGGCGCGGAAGGAGCGCAAGCGGCUCAAGAAAGAGAAGGGCAAGUCUGCAGGGAUGGCAGCCGUCGAAGAUCUCCUCAAGUCUCUGGGUGGAGGCACAGAGCCCUCUGACCGGCGGAGGAGCGCAUCUCCACGCCGCUCCCGCAGCAGGACACCCCCCGCGCGGGAGUAUGUGCGGGACCGCGAUCGCUAUUCUCCGGGAAGCCGACACAACCGCUCCCGUGAACGUUCGCCGCCUAGGCGUCGGAGUCCCACGCCUCCUUAUCGCUCUCGUCACGAGAACGACGACGACGACAGACGACGGCAUCGGCGGGACGAUGCUACGCUUCACAGAACGCGACGGGGGUACGACUGACGUUAUCAGGCGGGAAUGUAAAACCGUAUUUGUGGACUAUGUCAUGGAACUAUGUCAUAAGGAGUCAGUUUUCGCGUUCCAUGUGUUCCAUGUUGCACGACCCUGUACUUGAGCUAACGUCUCAGUGUCUAGACUUCGUUGCUGCGUUCAGGGUUCCUGACGCUUCUCUGUCGAAAGAGCGUAUUGGUCACGUCGUAGACGCUUUGCAUGCCACCCUAACUCGUCCAUACAUCAUGUUUGUCUAUUCAUAUUCUCU